UUAGAUUUAUAGUAUUAUGCAUACAUUCUAAGUUCUUUUUUUCAAAUAUAAGUACUAUAAAUUAUCACUUUAAUUUUUAUUUGACACACAAUAUACUCACUAAAGUAACUAUAAGUAAAAUGGUGAUAUUCAACAAUCUAAACUUUGAAGUAAUUAAGAUGACUUUGUUUUAUUGUAUUUCAUUUAUAGUGGCUGUAAAGGCCACUAAUGAUGAAGAGUUAUUUCAAGGAGUCAGAAAACGACCUUAUGAGGAACAAGUAUCACUGGAUUCUUUGAUACCUCAAGCAUUGAUAUCGCAGAAUACUGAUCUAAGUAAUGUUAAACAAAAAGAGUGUGAUAACAGUAUCACAAACUGUAUAAAAUGUAUCGAUAACUUUACUGACGAAAUUUUUCGGCAAGUAGCAAAUGAUGUUUACACAGAGUUCAGUUCGACUAUGCAGGAAUACACGCAACUGGCCUAUUUGGUAAUUAUUUCGAGUAUAAGAGAUAACAAGUAUGUAGAAAUAGUCAGCUGGGUGAAUCUUUUGUCGUUAAGUUCACAUAAAGGUCAUUGUUUGUUAGAGUUUAUAUACAGAGCUAAUAUAAAAUAUGGCAAAACACUGUUCAAAAAUUAUUUGUUCUUUAGUGAUCUAGAAAAUAUUUUCAUUACUUCUGUUGAUAAACCAUACACAAGUGAAAAAUUACUUCAAUUAAUCGAAGAUAAAACUAAAAUUCCUAGACCAUCCGAUAAAAAUGGAGUUUACAAAGAACUACUAAAUGAUAUUCAUCAAAUGCGGACAAAAAUCAAUCAACAGUCUGAAAGAUUUUGUUCAAUUACUGGUUCAUGGUUUCAUCCAAAUAAUUUAAAAUUUAAAAAAGUUAUUUACAAUGCAAAAAAAUCAUUAAUAGAACUCAUUGAUAGCAAUUAUACUCUGCUUGAAAAUAAACAAGUAUUUUCUAAAUGCAACAAAUCAAAGUGGUACGAUUGUAUAAGAUCUGAAAAUGAUAUGGAAGUUUUAUUCCAGUUUUCAAACUUAGUAAUUACAUCAAUGAUUCAAAAAGUAGCACAUAAUGCAGUUGGUGUCUUGUGUAUUAUCUCUUUAUGUCUUAUGGAUUUCGAUAAAGAAAUUUCAAAAAGUAAUUUUAUAAAUAACUAUAAAAUUCAUCAAUAUAACUCAUCUAAACUAAGAAUAAUGAUAAAUGAGUAUUUGAACGAUUUACAAAAAAUAAAAAAAAUGAUUUUUGAAAAACAUGGAAUAAAAGUGGAAUUAAAUAACGACUUAUUCGAAAAUAUAAAAUAUAUUUUUAAUGUUAUUUAUAUAAAAUUAGAAAAUAUUUUAAAUCCAAAUAAUACAUUUAAUAUAAUUUGUGAGUUAGUAGAUGAGAUUACAAAAUAUAAGAAAAUCAUAUCUGAGAAUAUUAAUUAUAGAGAUCAUACACGCAGUCUAUCAAACAAAAUCAGUUGGAAUAAUUGUUUGGUAUUUUUAGAUGGUAAUAUAAAUUUUGUAUCACAGACGAUUUUAGAAUUAUUAGAGUAAAGCAAAAGUAAGAAUAAUCGAUUAUGUAUACGAUUUAUACAUGAAUAUAUUAUGCAAAAACUUUAUUUUAUAAAACAUUUACAUAUAAAAAAAAGUCCUGUUCAUUAGUUUAAAAUAAAAACAAUAAGAUAAUGAAAUGUAAGAAAUUUAAAAGAAUUAAUAUAUUUAUCUAAUAUUAGGAAAACGGUU